AAGAUUACAAUUCAGGCUGCAGUGCAGUGAGAUAUGCAUAUGAUCUAACCUAUACCUUAAGGCAAUCCUGAAAGAUGGACACACGAUAGCGGAUACUAUUGUAAAAUACACUGAACAGGAAGAAGAUUAGUAGAACAUUAUAAAGUUUAAAGAAAUAUGGCGACUGAAAGCAAAAUACCAAAGUUGUGUCAGGAGGAAGCGUGUGUAUCAGAAGAAUGUGUCACUGAACAGGAAGAAGAUAAACCAAAAUUACAUUUUAUGCCUACCAAUGUCAUACUGGAAGUAGAGGGUCGGGAUAUACACGUCAACAAACAGGUGUUAUCUGACCACUCACCUGUGUUUAAGGCCAUGUUUGAGUUGGAUUUCACCGAAAAACACAAAAACAAGAUUCAAUUGCCAGGAAAGAAAUAUGACGACUUUGUGUACUUCCUAUACACAUUUUAUUAUCCAGAACGUUUGGAUCCUGUAACAGAAAAUACAGUAUUGAGGAUUGCUCCACUGGCUGAAGAAUAUCAGAUUUCUUUGGUAAAGAAACAAUGCGAGAAAUUUCUCGAAAAACUUUGUAAAAGCACCGCUAGAGAUGUGGAUAAACAAAUCGAGAUCUCUACUCUUGUGGAAUACACUGCUUGUGCUGAACAAUUCAACAUGGAAUCUGUACUUCCUUCUGCCAUCCAGUUAUGUGCAGAGUGCCCUACGGAGUCUUUAAAGCUAGCAGGAAUGGAGAAUAAGCUUACUGAUGAUUUACAAAAAGUAUUUCGGAAUGUCGAAAUUCUUUACUGGAAAAAGAAUUGAAACCAUACUUUGUUGCAGACUCACAGCAAGAUUUUUUAAACACUGCAGUUUUGAUGUGGGACUCUCUCAAUCCAACGGAGAAAAGAAAAUGCGAGGAUAGCCUUGUUUGUUCUUGUAAGCACCAAUUGGGGUCGAAUUCAUCACAGCCUUCUGCUAUAUCCCUACACAAUCUUAUUGGAUACAUCAUUGCUGCUGAAAGAUUUCAUCUGAAGAAUCUCUUGAUGGCAGCGAUUGACCUUGCAUCUAGAUGUAGUUAUAAGAAAUUGAUAAAAGAUGAAAGAUACCAAAGAAUGACAGAAUCGUCUAGAACUAAAAUACUUGAAAAGAGAAUGGAAUUGUUUGAGGAUGAAUUAGAUAAGUAUAGGGGAGGAAAAUCAGCAUCAA